CCGCAGCUUCAAUUCUUUUUAAUGGAGGCACCUGUAGGACGUACUAACCCGGGGUCCUGACUGACGCUCACAUUGCCAAGAUGGCUGCCACCUUCUCAGGAUUGUUAAAACCUUGGAUACCAAGAGUGAUCCUGGUGAGAUGGAGCAGGUACAACCCAUACUAUCUGGAGCCAGAGGUCCGGAAGGAGGCCUACACCCGAUCAGAGGCAAAACUGACUAAGGAGGAGAGAGAACAACAGAAGCUCAAAACACUUCGCCCCAUUAAAGCUGCAACGGGUGGAGUCACCAGUUCAGUUUUCAAUGACCCCGACCUCAGUAAAUUCAUUAACAUGAUUAUGAAAAAUGGAAACAAGAUUUUGGCCAGAGACAUCCUCAAUCAAACCCUGGAAAACAUUAAGAGAAAACAGGUGGAAAAAUACCAUAAAGCUCCAGAGGGGAAGAAGGAAGAGAUUGAAUGUAACCCCUACACAAUCUUUCACCAAGCUCUGGAGAACUGUAAACCUGUGGUUGGGCUGGCCAGCAUUCAGAAGGGAGGAAAGUUUUAUCAGGUUCCCAUCCCUCUAACGGAGAACAGACGCCGCUUCCUUGCCAUGAAAUGGAUGAUCACUGAGUGCAGGGAAAACAAAGACAGACGUACUCUCAUGUAUGAAAAACUUUCUCAGGAACUCUUGGCGGCAUCCAUCAAAGAGGGCAAUGUAAUCAAGAAAAAACUUGAGCUGCACAAGAUGGCUGAAUCCAACAGAGCCUACGCCCAUUACCGCUGGUGGUAGACUUAAAAAGCGGCAUACUGGACAGAUGAUGUGAACCCUGCCGGACACAAAGAACUGCAAAGAUUUUCUCAUGAGAUUAACAGGGAUUUCAAAACGUCAUGUUUGGUAAAAGGACUAUGCUGUAAAAAUGUGUCUGGGAGCAUUGGCGCUUGUAUAAAAGAGUAGUGAGCAAUUUUACUGUCACUUUUGGUACCCUGUGCGACAAACCGUUAAAUACCUUAAAAGGUAUUACUAAUAGAAGCAAAUACAGUGAAAUAAAUUACUGAAAACCUUUAAA